ACCACUUGCUAUCGUUCUACGGGGCACUGAAAUAUUAGGUCUCGUCAUGUCUAGGGUUGAAGGCAGAUUACUUGAAAUGCGAGACCGGUCGUUGGUGCACGGUACUCUAGCCAAGCUUCAUGGAGCAAAUAUCAUGUUCGAAAGUGGAAUCGGAAUGGGCGAUUUUCUAGUUCACAAAAGCAAACUACGUCUUACUCGGCGCGUUGAAUCUCUGGUUCAAUACCUCCCAGGUGACAAAGAGAGAGACCGCCUCGAAGCCAGGUCUUGGCAGCAGUUGGGCAACCUCUUCGAUGAACUUCCUCAACUGGAUACGUCACUGAUCGUGGAUGUCAACAGGAGCUUGUAUAAACCGACUCUGCUGAAUUAUAUUUCCACUCCAGAACCUUUGAUUUUUCGCAUCAUUUACGGUCCCGCCCUUUUUGCCAACAAAAACCCACAGCACGCUGCGAAAAAAAAGAAAAGUGUCCACUCUUCGAAUUCUCUCCUCAAGUCGAACACCAUCAGUGGCUCUACGAAAUACAGACCCACCAAUUCAUCAAAGUCAAAUUACCAUCCUUAUUGUGAUGGUACGAACAACUUUACUCUUCUCAUUUCCAGCCAACCCGAGAUUGGUCGUCAUACUUCUGACAAGCACAACCGGAGAAGGGCCUCGAGCAUUUUCGUUCGAGCAGUUUCCGUGGCGAGUGAUCACACACUUGUGGAUGUAGAUGAUGAUGCCACCACUGUAAUCGGUGAUGAUGAGAGGUGGAAAUUCUGACAAGAAUUCAGUUGUAUUUCUAUCCAUAUCCCCUAGUAUGCUUGCUUGCUUUUGUUAUCGAUCUGCAUCCUACUAUCAUCUAUGGCUGUUCUUAUACUUGUGUACCUAUUGUUCAUUACUAUUUCUUGAUUUACUUCAACAGAAGGGUUAGAUUAUUUUGCAUUGCAUGGUGUUAGAGUUGUAGUAUUUACAUACUUCGUUUUGUUUAUACCAACAGUUGUAUCAAGAAGAUUCACGACAAUUGUAGGAGCCCGUAUGUAUGUAGGAUCGAGUACAAUAGAGAACAAGGUUAUCUGGGACGGCG